AUGUCGAACAUGGAAAACUUGCUGAUGGACAGUGGUUCAUCGUCAGGAGAAUCCGAUGGCGAAGUCGACGUCCCAACCGGUCUUCCAGCUGCCACGGUUGCUGGCUCUGCACCAAAACCGGCUCAUGCGGUCGCCUCAAAUGCAACAGCCCCAAGUAUUGCGGAAGAUCAGAUGAAGGCACGGUUGAAGAAUCUAUAUCAAACUCAAAACAAUAGACCAGCUCAAACGUCAGCAUCGCAGCCUCCACCAUCUUCUACGACUUCUAGUAGGCCUGGAGUGCCGAUGAACCCGCGUCCGGGAAUGUCACAUCCAACAAGCGUUCCUCCAUCUUCACGCCCACAAUCCCAUGCGCCUUCGCAACAGCUAAAACAAGCAAUACCGUCAUCGCAACCUCGAAUGAAUAUCAGCAGACAACAACAGCCGCGACCGCAACAACCGAUGCAGCCAGUUCAUUCCCCACUUCCUUCACGUCCCGGACAGUAUAGUCAAAGUAGCCAUAGCAGUCACACCACGCAUCGCAAUCAUAGCACGCAUCCCAGCCAAUCCUCCCAAGCUCAUUCAAUAUCUCAACCAAGGCCAUCCCAUUCCGAUGUGCGCGAUCCUUUUGCCCCCACACCCUUGUCCAAAAUACAACCGCGUGAACAGCAAACAUUAGGUCGCAUGCCAUCCAGCAGUUCAAGACCAUCGUCUUCUAUUCCUGGAUCGUAUUCGGGCUCUCAAAGUGGUGGUCGGUCGUCGCAAAUGUACUCUUCCGGUUCCGGUUCUAGAGCGGACCCCACCCUAGCAGCACGCGAACAAGAAGUUCGACGCCAAAAAGAAAGGUUUCUUAUUUUCACACGAGUGCUCAUCAAAUAUCUAGAACAAAAGGACCCAAAUAUGCAUCGACAAGCAAAGGUCAUUAUAAAGGAUUGCGCAGAGCGAAACAAGAAGCAAGAGCCGGGAUAUCAAUCUGUUACAGCUUCCAUGAAGACGCGCCUGAAAGAACUCGUCGGAGAAAGCUAUUGGAGAAGAGCGGAAGUUUAUCUUAAGCAUUACCUGGAUCAACAGAAGAACAAAGCUGGGGCGCAGGGAUCAUCGUCUUCGUCGUCAACUCACGCCUUAACACAACAACAAUUGGAACGCAAGAAGUUACAGCAACAAGAGCAAAGGCAACGCUCAGCACAAAUGCAGGCUAAACAGCGUGCAACCCAAGCUCAUCACCAUCAACAGCAGCCACAGCCACAGAAUUUGGCUAUGUUGCAACAAGAGGUCUCAAAUCGAAGAAGCGAAAUUGCUCGUGUUGGUGGCGUCGGAACACCAACAACUACCAAUGUAGUUGCUGCCAAAGGAACGGUUGCUCAACAAAAGAAACCGACAGUUUCUAAAGGGAAAGAACGUACUGUAACACCGACUUCACGCAAGCCUGGUACUCCCGUGAUGGGUGGACCCGCAAGAAACACAGAAGAGCCUCCCCAAGAGUAUUUGGAACUGAUGCAAGCUGUAGACCACGCUGUUACGUUCGAUUCCAAAGCAGUUGGUCAGCUUAUCAAAUCCAACAAUGCCGAUUUGCAGGUUAAUGAAGAACAAAAAAAGCUUUUGUAUUCCGAAAUCAAACCAAAACCCUCUCCUCAUAAGAAGGCUGGGCCGCGGUCUGGUUGGGAUAGAACAAACGUUUUUUCCGCUCGUGCUGCAUGGGCUCGAGUGAGGUUGCCAGAACGCAAGAGGUCUGCUAAAGUUCCAGUCGUGGGAGGUGGUCUUUUGACACUGCCUACUACAAGUCCAUACACAAAGGAUAAUUCAAUGACCUGGACUAACGAAGAGAAAGCAGAACAAGACAUAGUCUUGGCGAUUCUUUCGGAAGGUUGUCAGCAGUACCUUAAAAGCAUCUUGCAAAAGGCGGUACACUGCGCCCGUCAAAGACAGAACGUGGAUGGUGUCCGUCUGUGGCAUCAGCAACACAAGGCUGCAAUCCAAGGAAAAGCACCAGCACUUUCUUUGAGAUUCGGUUGUGAUAUCUCGCGGCAGGUUGCUCAAACAGCCGGAAGUGCUACACUAACAUGCAAAAGACUGGAAGAAACUUUAGAACGUCAAACUGACAUCCGUGCUAGUGCUAGAAUCCUGAGGGACGAAACGCUGAAGGAAGCAACUGGUAUGGGGGAUCUAUCGUUACGUCCACAGUUGCCCAAAGGCGUUGAGGUUGCUGACCGUAGUGCUCGGAGGUCUUACGAGCUGUACGGCGGGAAGCACUCCUCGGAACCACCCUUGGGACGCAUUCCGAAAAAAGCCAAGGUUGAAAAAAUUGAUCUCAUUCAUGGGUCGAGCAUAGGAGAGAACAUAGGACGACACCGAGCAGUAACGUCAUCGGGGUCGACUUACUACUAA